GGACUUGAGCGAGUAGAAAAGCGGCCGGCACUCAAGACGCGGCAGUCCGACCGCCUCCACCGCCUCCGGUCCCCAAAGUGGUGGCAUGACGCGCGCCAAAAGGAUUGAUUGCCAGCAACUGCUGGUCGUCCGGUGAAAUGCUGUCCGUCGGUCAGGACGUGCCAUAGUGUCCAGGCUACAUUCGCAGGUGUAGUGGCAUGAACUUGUUUGUGCUUCCGCUCGGCUAGACAUGGGUUGCGGCAGAAGCAGACUGCAGAUUUUCCAGUCCACCAGCUCUUCCAAAAAGAAGAAAAAGAAGAAAGAGCAGCAUGAUAUGGUGGUAGAGAGCGUGGACAACCUGUCCAUCGAAGACGCUUCCCUCGACUUCAACUCGGACAGCCCGGAGGCAGCGAGCGCGAGACGAGCGGCGGCUGUGGCCCGCUUUCGGCAGAUCUCGCAGGGACCCCUUCUGGCUAUGGCGGAAGUUUCUAAAAGCCAAACAGACUUUUUUAGGAUGCUGGAUGAAAAAAUAGAAAGUGGUCCUGAUUUUGUAGACUCCUAUGAGGACAGACGAACGUCCAACUCAUCUUUGGACCCGAACAAGUUGCGGAGACUCUCGCUGAUUAGCAACGGUCACAAAACUUCCGUCAGCUCAAUCAAAUUCCACAGCCAAGGCUUCCUGACCUCCUCCCCUACGAGGGCGCGCACGCCACAGCCCAAUGUGUCCCCCAAACACAGGCUACCUCCCCUGCAGGCGUCGCCGCCUCCUCGCGACGGCCGACGCUCCAGCCCGACCCACAUCCUCAGCCUGGCACUGUCCAGCCCACUGAAGAACAACCACGGCAGUCCGCGCAUGUUCGGCACGAACAAAGUUUUCAAAUCCGAAGAACUCGCCAGUCGGUACGACUGACCCCGUAGGACAAAGUUUCUGUGUUGACUGGCGCAGUGAUUGUUAAAAUUUAAGCUUUAUUUAAAUUAUACAUAUAAGAAUUUUUAUUACUUUUUCCAACUUUUUCGUUGAUUUGCAACUCAAUGUGAUCCUUCGAGUGAAUUGGUUUCUAUUAAAAAAAAGAUCGCAAGCUGUUCAUGCCGCUUGGUAUUAAUUUUAGAGAACUUGUUGAAAAAUUGUAAUUGUGGCCAUAUCAGUGCAUCUUAUUGUGCUUUCAUUCCAACUCCUUGAAAAAUUCUGUGGGUAUUAGAAGCUUUCAAUUUGCAUAUCCCAAUUUCCCAGUGGAAAAUUGUUUUUUUUUAUCAGUGUUGUCAAAAAUUUGUUAAAUAUUGCAAUUUCCUCAUGUAUAUCCGCAUGGACCAUUUUUUGUGCUGUAUUAGUAAAGGCCUUAAUAGUCUUAUAAGUGCUUUACAAAUAAACAUGGGUACAUCAACACAUGUUCAAACUUAAUGUUCAGGAAUAAAAAUAAAUUCGAGUUCAGAAAUUGGACCAAGUUUUAACAGACAUAACAGCAAGCGAUGUGGAAGUUAAAAAAUAAAAUAUUAAUUGAGGAGGCCGUUGAAAAAAUAAAAUAUGAUCUGCAUUAAAUCAUUGAGACCAUUAUUCAACAUAUAAAUCCCUUAUUUGAUACUUAUGAUAUUUCCUUAUUAUUUAAAAUAAUUAUCUUAGUUAAUACAACGUUAAGGUCCAUGCGCAAGUCUCUUGUAGUCGAUCUUCUCCAACUGGACCAAAGGUCGCAGCUGUUCAGCAAAACAUCGCAUGUCAUCGGCAAUGGCGUUCUGCCCACUCGGAGCCAAAACACUGAGCUCCACAAGGUACGAUUGCGACAUCGGCUCCAACGCUCCAGUCUUGCGCAUUUCAUCAAUCUUGAAAACCU